AUGUUAUCAACUGGUCAGCAAAAGUUUUACUAUUAUUACUUCAUUGCUCACAUCUUUACCACUAUCCUGGUAGAUUCAAUAGUAGUUCUUCCAGAAAGAUUUCAAGUAACAAAGCCGCUUGUGGAUUACCAUAUUGCAUUUAACAAUGAUUUCUUACUGUAUGAAAAGCCUAGCUGGCUUUGGUGGUUCAUUCUCAUAGAAUGUGUCGGUCAACUACCAGGAUUUUUUUGGUUCGCCUACAAAAUCAGACAACUGUGGGCUUUAAAAACAAUCUCAGGUGAGGAUAAGCAUAUCAAAAUGCAAUUGGCCACUUGUGAACGGUCCUUGUCGUGGUGGUUGAGACUAUAUGGAUGGAAUGCUGCGUCAACAACUUUUAUCUGUCUGUAUACGGUGUGGACACGGGGUUAUUACCCAGAUGGAGAUUUAUUACCAAUGCUGGUGUCCGACAAGCUUAAAUUAAUGGCCGUUUAUGUCCCAUAUCUGCUCAUACCCUUAAGGCUGUGUUUUAUUUGA